AUGUUCAAAUUCGUCGUUCUAACCUGCGCUUUGAUUGCCUGCGUCGCAGCCAAGCCGAGUCUGCUGCAUGCACCAUUGGCAGCACCCCUGGCGGCACCAUUGGCCAUACCAGCACCCGUUGUGACAGCUGCCAGCAGCCAAGUUGUGGCUAGGACGUUCAAUGGCAUUGCUGCGGCGCCCAUAGUGGCACAGGUGCCCGUAGCAGCGCCAGUUGUGCGUCCUCUGGCCGCUCCCCUGGCAGCCCCAUACGCAUCCCCACUGAUUGCCAAAUACCUGUCUCCAUUGACACCGCGAUUAGCCGUUGCGCCCGCUCCCUUGGCCUACCCUGCUGCUCCAUUGGGCUAUGCUGCCGCUCCCGCCUUGUGGUAA